AUGUCUACAAACACCACAACCCCGGCCAGCGUUGGCGUCGCGCCAUGGAGACCUCUCUUCCUCUCACACCUCUCUAAAAUGGACUCACCUGAAUUCGUCUUAUCCUCACUUCAUCCCGCCGAAUCAAAAGAAUCGCCUACACCAUACGUCCCAAGAGCAAGAUACUGUGUUUACCGGGGCAUGUGGGCCGAGCUGCCAGAGAAUAAACACAACAAUGCGCCGCAGAAUGACCGAGUUUACGAGAGCGAUUUGCCGACUUUUACGACUGACGUGAGGAUGGAGAAGGUUCCCGAGAUAUUUGCUAGCUCACAUGGCCAUGGAGAAGUUAGUCAGAGCCAAGGUAGUGGCGGAGGAGGACCUGUCGAGGCAGUCUUCUGGGUGAAAGACGUUAUGACCCAGUGGAGAAUUCGAGGGGAGGCUUAUAUUGUCGGUCCUGAUAUUGACGGCCCGGGAGCGGAAUCAAGUGGUACAAGAACGGUGAAAAGCAACGUCGGAGAGAGGAUGCGUGUAGUAAAAGAGGACGGAAAGGAAGGUUGGAGUUGGCCGAAAGAACUCACCGCCCACUUUGGGAACGUGAGUCCUGGCAUGAGGGGCUCGUUCAAGAAUCCAAUGCCUGGCUCAUCUGUUUCCAUUCCGCCAAACGACAAAUCUUUAGGGUUGGGACAGAAAGUCACAGAUCUAAAUGAUAAGAUUGCUAGGCAGAACUUCCGAGUGGUGAUCAUCAAGCCUGAGGAGGUCGAGCAGCUUGAUCUGACUCAACCCGAUAAAGCUCGGAGGUGGAAAUUCACCUACGUUGGCCGCCAAGUAGAUCAGCGAGGGGACGCUCUUGGCGAAUGGAAAAAGGAAGAGUUGUGGCCUUGA